CAUAUGCCACAAUGUAUUUUUUUAUGUCAUCAAGCGGCACAAAAUAAAGAAACCAGAAACCCCCAUUCACAGCUAUAAAUCGACAAUAACACGAUAUUAUCAAUUAAAACGAGCUUCAAAUUACACCUAGCACGCGCCCCUCUGCGCCACCUGCUCAGCAUAACAAGAUGUCAACACGUCGCCAGGCCAUCACGCUGUACCGGAAUUUAUUGCGGGAAUCGGAAAAGCUGCCAGCUUACAACUUUAGAAUGUACGCUGUUCGCAAGAUACGCGACACAUUCCGCGCCAACAAGGCCAUUGGAGACUUUGCUGAAAUCGAUCGUCAAAUGGAGGCGGGCAAACAGAAUCUGGAGCUGUUACGGCGGCAGGUCAUCAUCGGCCACCUAUACAAGGCGGACAAGCUGGUGAUCGAGAAUAAGAAAACACUAAGCCCCUUGGAUGACUGAGAGGACGCCGCCAAGCAGGACUUUCCCCUGCUGUACAAAAGCCUGUUCGCAGAUUAAUAUUUACAACUCGAAAGACUCGUUACACACAAUUCUAGUUGGAUAAAGCUUUUUGCCCCAUUGUUGAUCUUAUGGAUGUCAAGUUAUAUAGGCCUUAUUUUUGAACCACCAGUGAAAGAAUCAUCGCUAUCGUUUGCUAGCAAAAAACACCAAUUUAAUAUUAUGUUUAAAAACAAUAUGAAAUUAUAUAUACAUACAUACAUAUAUAUAUAUUAACGUUAUAAAUAGG